AUGAGCUCAUCGGAUGAAGAUUGGGAUACACAUCACAACGAGGAAAACCAACACAAUACGGGUGAAGUUGAAGUGGAUCAUACUGAUUAUUUUAUAAUAGAUCAAUUGUUUGACUCCAAGGACGAGCUGGAGUUGGAGAUUAUUAAAGAUUUGUCAAAAAGUCCUGUGCCGCCGAAGAAGAUUAUGGCUCACUUGAAACAAAUGGGUUUGGGUCUCAAUGCGUAUAUGAAACAAAUAUACAAUGCAAAGGAUCAUUUCAAAAAAGAUGCUAGGGGUGACCAUACAGUAAUGCAACAUUUGAUUGGGUUGCUCGAGGAGCACAACUAUUACAAGUGGAUUCGUACUGAUGAAACAACACACGAAGUUAUUGAUUUGAUGUGGGCUCACCCUCAGUCUGUCGAAUUGCUCAGUAAGUUUCCGUACGUUAUACUACUUGACAGUACUUACAAAACCAAUCAAUACAAAAUGCCUUUGUUGUAA